AUGGCUGCAUCCCUAACCGUUUUUUAUUUACAAAUUGUAUCAAAAUAUUUUACAAGUGCAGACGACUUUGUUAAUGCUGUUUUGAUUAAUAAAAAGUUUUCAAGUGUUCUUGAUCGUUUUCGAUACAACCCAAUUCCAGUCCGAUCGAAAAAGCUUUUUCCAUACAUGGAGACACAACACAUUUAUAUGAGAUAUGAGGAAGUCAUUCCCUCUAUUAAGAGAGUAGUUAUAUGGUAUGAAGUUACUUUCAAUGAAACACAGACUUUAUUCUCCGAGCUUACAACAACAUUUAAACACAUUAAAGCUACAUUUAGUGAUGUCCAAAUGUUAGGAAUAACACAGUUUACUGACAUUCCAAACACCGUUACGAUUUAUGGUAGUAAGGUUUUAAAUAACUUUAAAAUAGACUCAGUCUCACUUCCUUCACACAUCACAAAAUUGGAUAGAGAUGCAUUCAGUGGAAACACAAAUUUGACGACAGUCGAACUCACUGAAAACAUCACUGAGAUCCCAGUGGGGUGUUUUCAAUUUUGUGAGAACUUACUCUCAUUGAACAUCCCAUCCUCUGUCUUAAUAAUUGAUAGUUCCGCAUUUGAGAAGUGUGGAAUAACAGCUUUAACUCUUCCAAACACAGUGAAAUGCAUUGAGUCGUUUCUCUUUGGUCAAUGCGACAACCUUGUUGAAGUUAAAAUUUCACAAAGCAUUAUUAGUCUCGCCCAUUACACCUUUUCAGAAUGCACAAAACUCUCAAGUGUGAUUCUCCCAGACAAUUUGUUAUAUAUUGGAACAGACGCAUUCUCAAAUUGUUCUUCCCUUAAAGAAUUGCAUAUUCCCAAGUCGGUUCUUUAUGUUGAUUAUGGCGCCUUUAUGAAUUGUGUUAAUAUCAAAGAGUUGGUAUUUUCAAAGAAUUGCACAUUGAAGCAAAGUACAUUCAUAAUGUGCACCAGUCUCACAAAGUUAAUUGUUCCCACGCUUAAUGGCAGAGUAAAACAUUUGAUAUCAUAUGAAGAGGUCGAUAUCUUUAAGAAAUUUUAUGACGACUUUUGUUGUGAGACUGAUGAAGACAAUUGCUUGAACGACAACGGCGAGUUUAACGACAAGAAAAGGUUCACCAAAUUAGUUUCAAGUAAUCAAAAGUUAGUUAACAGUGAAAACUAUUAUGUUCCAGACAAUUAUCACGAAGUGUAUAAAUACACAUUCUCAUUAAACAGCACUUUCAAAGUUAUAGAUUUUGGAAACAAUAUUAUGAAACUCGAAAACGGAAUCUGUGACAAUUCAAACAAUCUUCAAGAGGUCUUUAUGUCACCCCUUGUUCUCCAACUUCCAGAAAUGGCGUUUAAUGGAUGUAAACAAUUGAAACAAAUUGUGAACAUGGAAAAUGUGACACAAAUUGGUAACUUGUGUUUUAACGACUGUUCUUCACUUCGGAGUCUAAUAGUCAAUAAUAAUGCCAAAAUGGGUGUCGGGUGUGUUGUGAAUUGCGUCUCUCUGACACGACUUGAUAUCCCAAAUACUAAUAAAAUUGUCAACUUCCAAGUGGGGCUCAACGAACGACCUAUUAUCGAGAAAUUUGGGUAUAAAUGUUUUAAAAUUGAAGCAAAUUUGAAUAAAGAUGGUGCUGAUGUGGUGAAGACCAUUUUGUCACUUCCAGAUGAUGUGUAUUUGACUGUCAAUGGGAGUUACCCAAAAGUUCAUUCCCUCACAGUUUUUUCUCCAAUAAAGAAAAUAAAAGGUUCGUUUUUCAAGAAUGUAAGUGGUGAAGUUGAUUUGGGGAGUGUUCAAGAAAUGGGGAGUUGUUGUUUGAAUAAUGCAAUUACGAGUAUCACACUACCAACAACAUUAACAAAGAUAAGAAGAAAUGUGUUUGAAAAAUGCAAUAAUUUACAACAUGUGGAUUUAUGUGGCAAAAGUUCAUUUUUUGGGUGUGUCUCGGUCAUUGAACAGAAACGCUUAGAGAAGUGUGGAGUGACAUGUGACAAUGUUAUAUUUGGGAGUGAUGAAUGGAAUCAAUUCAAGUGUAUUUCAAAAGAAUUUAAAACGCUGGACCUUAACAAUAAAAGUAAAUGGUGGGGUGCAGCUACUUACUUUGAAAUGCCAAAUAAUAUUGUAACUAUUGAAAAGGACUGCUUUUCUAAUUACAAUUUGUUGACGCAAAUUAUACUUUCAGAUACAUUGGAAGAAAUUAAGGAAAGUGCAUUUGAAAGUUGUUAUUCACUUGAAAGUAUAAAAUUUCCAAAGUCUUUGAAACGAAUUGGCGAAUUGGCCUUUUACCGUUGUGUAAAAUUAAAGGAAGUAAUUAUCCCAAGUAAUGUCACACAAAUUGGUGACUUUGCAUUUAACGAGUGUUUUCAGAUACAACGUGCCGUGAUUCCAAAUAUCACAAUUAACAAUACGUCAGUAUUUAAUUGGUGUACUUUGUUAUCGAAAGUUAAGUUCAUAAACAACGACGAAACAACAUGCAAAUUAUUUAACAAGACAUUUGCAUUUUGUUUAUCAUUAAAAACUAUUUUAAUUCCAGAAAGUGUUGAAAAAAUACAAGAAAACAGUUUUGAGGAAAUGACAAGCCUUGUGAAUAUUGAAAUACCAGAGAAUGUUGUUCUUAUCGAAAACAGAGCUUUUUUGAAUUGUAUUUCACUGUCGAAAAUAACAUUUGGCAAGAGUGUUGAGUCACUUGGAGGGUUUUGUUUUGAAAAUUGUGUCUCUCUUAGGGAGAUAGAACUACCACAGUCAAUCACUUCAAUUCAAAGUUGUUGUUUCAAAAAUUGUAGUAAUUUAAAAAGAGUGAUUUUUGAUGCAGACGUUCCCAAGUGUUCGUAUAACACUUUUGAGGAAUGCAUUUCAUUAUCUGAGUUCUAUAUUAGUAAGAAAAGAGUCACCGAAAUAACACUCCCAGUCACAUGUGCGAUAAAUGAAAUGUUACGUAAGAAUGGUAUUCAGAGCAAAAACGUUGUAUUUGUAAAGACUGAUGUUGAAGUGUAUCUAAGAAUUGAUUACGAAAAUGGAAAAAAAAUUGGAAGACUUCCAGAAAAUGUUGUUGAGAUUGGAAAUAACUGUUUUAGAGGUUGUAAGAACGUUGAUGUAAUAGAAAUACACAAAAACGUAAAGUGUGUUGGGCGAUUUGCAUUUUACAACUCAAUCGACAUAAACAACGUUCUUUUUAUGGAUCCAACAACCACAACAAUCAACAGCCGCGCGUUUAAAUAA